AACGAGUAUGUGCAAUCAGAUCAGCAAGCAUUUUACUACUUGGAGAAGGCUGUUGACCAGUUGCAUCCAGGUGCACUUUACCUCUUAGGUGCUGUGUAUCUUACUGGGGAUUGCGUGAAAAGGGAUGUUGGCUCUGCAUUGUGGUGUUUCCAUAGAGCAUCUGAGAAGGGUCAUGCUGGAGCAGCUAUAGCUUAUGGAUCCCUUCUACUGCAAGGUACACUGUCCCCACUUGUUAUCUUUUUUCGAGAAAGGUAACAAUUUGUAUAUAUCAUCAGUACAAAUGCAAUACCGGAAGCUAUAUAUACAAUUCAAAGACAACAAAAGA